UCUUCUCCUCCGUGUGAGACCAAAGACAGGACUCGCUCAUGGCCAGUGCUACACCGACUGCUUUAUCCACAAAGGAAACAACAAACUAUGCCAGGUUGUGCCGUCUGCUGGUUGAUAUUGGAACCCAGGCUCUUCGAGACACGUUAGAUACCAUCCAUUCUCCAGCAAAUUUACCCACAGUUUUGGCGGCAAACAGACCCACCUUACAAUCUCUUAGAAAGAAGAAGAUUAUCAAUCAAAUACAGUGGGGGAAGCUUUUCCCUGCCAUCCCCAACUCAGUGUCUUCACGUGACUUUGACACAACUUUGCUGAUGGUUCUGUUACGGAACCUGUGCGGCUUAACUGCUCCGCUGACCGGUUGGGACGCAUUGCCUGCCGUAACAGACCUCAGCAGGGAAGCGGACAUUGCCCGAGUUAAGUAUUUUAGGAACACCGUGUACGGUCACGCUGAGAAAGCUUCUGUUGAUGACGUCAAAUACAAUGAAUACUGGCGUGACAUCCAGGACACUCUGGUCCGACUGGGAGGCGUCACUUAUGUAGCUGCUAUUGACGAUCUUAGAAACGAGUGCAUGGACCCUGAAGUUGAAGAUCACUACAUGGAACUACUGGGUGAAUGGAAAAAGGACGAGGACAACAUUAAAGAUCAGCUGAACGAAAUAAAGAUGAGACUUGAUCUCCUGACAGCUUCAAAAGAAGCAACUGAUCUAGGUCAGCAAUACCAGCGGGGUAAACAGAUCUGCUGGUGUGGAGUUACCACUUGCAAAGAGAGCGUUCACGAGAACGGACCAAGUGGCUUCUAUUGCCAUAAGCGUGACGCCUGUUUUUGUCUAAAAUGCGGUCAAACAGCUCAUGAUCAGCUGGGUAGAGAUGUUAUAAGUAACACUGAUCAUUCGCAAUCGUUGGCCAGAGGGAAAUGUUUGAUAGAAGUGGAACAGGGCGCUGAAGCUAACUUCACAAUAAUAACGCGAGAUUCAGGAGGACAGAAGUGCUAUAACACGCAAGAACAAGUGACCGUCACUGUUAGCCCUAAAACUGGUGAUGAGGAGGUACAAGUCAUAGAUUGUAAAGAUAGUAAUUAUCGAGUAUGUUACAAACCGAAGAGCGUUGGUCGGCACGACUUUGAAAUCAAGGUAAAUGGAUGGCCGCUGACCGGUAGUCCUUGGAAAGUUGAGGUGAAGCCCCAUCAGUACAAAGUAGUGAAGUCGUAUGGGUCAGGAGAAUUAAACGGACCAUACUGUAUCGCAAAGAAUGAAAUAACUGGAGACAUUGCAGUUGCAGAUUAUGUUAACAAACGAGUCCUGGUCUUUGAUAAGGACAUGAAACGUGUGAAGACGAUAGGAGGCGAGGCAGAUUCGCAAGUUUGUGCCAACAUAGGUUUUCCUGUCUCAGUGGCAUUCUCAAAGAGCAAUGACAUCAUGGUUACUCAUGAGCAGUUCAGAUCACAUAAUAAGAAGCUUUCAGUUCUAACUGAUCGUGGCCUCUUCGUCGAACAUUUUUCUGAACAUCUGAUUAAAGCACAUCAUGUUUUUGUCAAAACUGAUGAUGGCCACGUGAUCGUUUGCGAUAAAGGUGACAAAAAGGUGAAAGUCAUCUCCCCAGACGGGAAAGAAUUGCUGCUGGCCUUCUCUGCGCCGGAUAGCGAAAUUUCCCCAAGCUUUCCAUGUUAUUAUCGAGGCAUGUUCUAUGUUUCCUAUAUGAGAGCACAUUGUGUGAAGGUCUUUGAUAAGAAAGGAGUGUUCAUAAGCAAUAUUGGCCGCAAGGGUUGUGGUGAAGGACAGUUGAGAUAUCCCGAGGGACUUUGUGUAGAUUCCUUUGGUAACCUAAUCGUGUGUGACGCUAGUGGUAUUGAUGAAAAUCUCCGCGACGGCGUCCUGAAAAUGUUUACCUUGGAUGGAACGUUUCUCACUUCAUUUGGCGAGAACACGAUCAAAGUUCCUUGGAUCGUGUCUGGCUGUAAUAAUGGCGAUCUGCUCGUUGCUGAUCUUGUCGGGGAUAACGUUCAUAUUUUACGAUAACCUGUUUGCUCCGGUACAAAAUGAAACACAAUGGAACACAAUGGAAGAACUCUAAGAUCUUCAGUUAAUCCUAAAAACGCUCCAUCUUUAACGGCUUCUCCGCUUUAAUUAGCCUAUAGUGUUUUACUUUCGCUUUUAUACCACACACAAU